AUGCCUCGAUAUAAUUUAUCCAAAGUUGUUCGUGUAUCAAAGCCAGUCCAUUGGCUUUUGAUAGUUGCGAUUGUGCUUGUUGUUUAUCGCUGGACUCAAUCAACCUCUGUUGGACAAUAUGAUAUGAACCUUCCAAAUGUAACUGAAGAGGACUAUAGACUCAAUGAUGACAACUCUGAACAUUCUUUCGAGGAUUCCCAACAGCAGAUAUUGAAUGACGUUUUUUGGAAAGAUGAUAUCACUCCGGAAUUUUUGGCCAAACUUGAUAAGAAGACUCACAAGUGUCCCGAAUACGUCGAUUAUUGCCAGGAAAAGCAUCCACCCUUCUCACAAGGCAAAUUCAAAUAUCCGUAUAUGCGGCCGGCGCCAAAAUGCCGAACAUUUACUUCACAGGCAUUGGAAAAGCUCAUUACAGAUUUGAAGUCAAAAAUCAAAGACCCCGAUUUAGCUCGAUUGAUUGAAAACACCUUGCCCAACACAUUAGAUACUACCAUCUUAUGGCACAAGCCUUCGGGCUCAGGAAAUGGAGCAAGUCAUCAUGCUCAACUACCGGAGACAUUUGUCGUGACGGGAGAUAUCCACGCUGAAUGGCUUCGUGACUCCGCUAGGCAACUUUCUGUCUUCCAACCAUUGAUCAAGUAUGACCAACCGCUCAAAGACCUCAUUAAAGGAGCAAUACGAACACAAGAACAGUAUGUGAUUUCAUCUCCAUAUUGUAAUGCAUUUCAUCCUCCGCCAGGAUCCGGAGUGAAAAGAGGUAAUACAGCCAUGGAUCUGGUCUAUCCAGUUCCGAAUUGGAAGUUAGUUUUUGAGUGCAAGUACGAAAUUGAUUCAUUGGCAUCGUUUCUUACUUUAACAAACGAUUAUGUGGAAAAUUCUGACGGUGAUUUGUCUGUAAUCACUAAGUACUGGUUAGCUGCUUAUGAGAAAAUUCUUAUUGUCUUAAAGCGAGAAUCACAGCCUCUGUUUAAUCUGGAAGAUGGACGUGCGUUACCAUUUUACUAUACAUUUCAAAGGCAAACGAACAUCGGCUCGGAGACUUUGCCACUAGGUGGAGUUGGUAAUCCAGUUAAUUUUAAUACUGGUUUGGUACGCUCUGCUUUCCGACCUUCUGAUGACGCCACAAUAUUACAGUUUUUUAUUCCUGGAAACGCACAUAUGCUUGUGGAAUUAAGAAGAACUAUGAAGAACAUUCUUCAGAAUGAUUCUAUUCAGUUGGAUCUCAAAAGACAUAUCAAGUACACGGAGGAUUUCAUCAAAGAUAUUGAAGAAGGUAUUGAGAAGUAUGGAAUAAUUGAACAUCCAAUUUGGGGCCGUGUUUAUGCCUAUGAGGUUGAUGGAUACGGUGGGAGUAUUUUCAUGGAUGAUGCUAAUGUUCCAUCUUUGUUGUCUUUGCCAGAUAUCGGAUAUCUAGAUGCAAGUGACGAAAUUUACCAGAAUACCAGAAAGAUGAUUUUGUCUAAAGAUGGCAAUCCGUACUUUCUCAAGGGUGUUCAUUUUCUGGGCAUAGGAGGACCACACAUUGGAAUUAUGAAUGCUUGGCCCAUGUCGUUGCUCAUGAGGAUCAGAACGACCGAUAAUGAUGAGGAGAUUCAAACUAAUCUAAAGCAAGUAAUGGAAACCACAGCUGGUCUUGGACUUAUGCACGAAAGUGUCAACGUUGAUUCUGCUCGUGGCAAAGACUACACAAGGCCAUGGUUCGCAUGGUGCAAUUCAGAAUUUGGAAGAACAAUCUUACAUUUGGCUAAACACAAGCCUCAUUUGAUCUUCAAAGAGGAAUACCAUUCUACUCCUUAUGCAAUAGAAAGCUUGUUUGCAUCAUGA